UUCAAGAAAGAAGACCGGUCCCCGUCGCCGGCGAGUGGUCGGUGGGAGCUUCGGUACAACUGCUGCUUCCUCUGGGUGGACGUCUUGCCGGCGGUGUUAAACCGGUACUUGGACAAACGAGUAGACGACAUGGUGAGGGCCGGGAUGAUGGAGGAGCUUGAAGAAUGGUUUCAGUCAACGGGAACUCCGGCAUCCACCGGCGGGCUGAUGAAGGCCAUCGGGGUGCCGGAGUUCGCGAGAUACGAAUCGGGCGGAAGCUUGGAGGCAUGCGUUGGUGAAAUAAAGGAGAACACAAGGGUCCUGGCGGAGAGGCAGAGGUGGAAGAUCCGGCGGUUUGGUCAAGAAGUGGCGGCGGAGGGCGGUUUGAAGAUGCAUAGGGUUGACGCUACGGCCGCUUUUGCGGCGGCUAUGAUGAUGGGUCCCGCGGGAUCAAAAUCAGAGUCUACAGAAAUCUGGGAAAAGGAGGUUUUGCAGCCAAGCAGAGAUACUCUCAAAGACUUCUUGUCGGAUGUUAUAAUAUCGUCGGAGAAGCAGAAGCAGUACGCCUUGAGGGAGCACAUCAUAUAAAAAUCUAAUAGCUGUUCCAAUUUUCAUGUAUUUGCUUCCAAAUAUAUACACACACAUAUAGAUACAUUAUACAUAUAUGCACACAUAUAUAUGAAAUCAUAGUCUUAUAUUAUGCACGGACAGUUAUAGUCUUAUAGAAAUCAUAGUACCAAGUACAUAAGGUACUACACGUAUCAUAUGUUGGAAGGUACAUGUAUGUACAAUUUUGUGUUGAGACAAUGCAUGGC